AGUCAUGUAGCUAGUGCCUGUCGUGGUUUUUACUCAAAUGUUAAUCAAGCUAGCUUGCUACUUCAACAAUGAAUGUCCGUACAGCUGUUUAGAAACCGAGAGUGUGUUGAUGACCCAUGUGUUUUGCUAGCUACGGUAGCUAGCUAACUAACGCGUGCUAUCAAAAUACAUGGGACAAAAACCAUCUAACUAACGUUAGUUAUAACAGCUAGCAACGAAACUAUGCAUAGAGGACAAUGUUCAGACGUUUUUUCAAUUAUUAGCCAUUUCUUCAGGAAGAAUCACAACAUCGAACAUGUGAUUUGCCGUCCAGCUCGAGACCAAAACUCUUCGAUGCGAUGGGUGUAUUGAGUGCUCUUCGAAGGGGCCUUGUGAGAGGAGCAGAUCGAAUGGCUGAAUUCACCAGCAAGCGUGGCUCAAGGACUCACUACAAAGGCAGAGGGGCACAGCCAACAGGAGUACUGACCUCCAGCAGAAAAUUUGUUCCAGUACAGGCAAUGAUCCCUCAGUUUGUGGUGCCAGACUUGGAGGGAUUCAAACUCAAGCCCUACGUGUCGUACCGCACCCCGGCUGGAACAGAGCCCGCUGUCACCCCUGAGGGUCUGUUCUCUGAAACUGUGGCCCCACAGAUCCAGAAAGACUUUGAGGAAGGCUGCUUUGAUAAGGAACAGCUGGAGAAAUACGGGUUUGAACCCACACAGGAAGGAAAGUUAUUCAAACUCUACCCCAAGAACUUUAUACGAUAAGUAGGCCACCCAAUCUGAUCCAUCUGGAAGUCUCUUAGCUUUAAGGAUAAUUUUGUUUGUGUUGGGAGGUCAAGACGUUGUUUUACUGGACCCUGGUGUAUUGUGAAUGUGCUUGCUGAAAGUACUAGUAUUUGCUCUUCUAAUUAAAACAUGUAUAUUA